UCCCUUAAACCGGGUGGUUCCUCCACAACCUCGAAGACGAGGGAGAAAAGUCACAUAGGAAACCCUGUUUAUCUUUUCGCUUAAACUUAAAACAACCGGACUGAGAGUUGACUCGCCAAAACCUUUUCUGAAGUUGUUGUUAGAAGGGGAUGCUGGGGGUUGCAGAAAUGACGGGCAGUAACAUGGCCAGUGCCUUGGCGAAUGCGGCGUGUGAACGCUGCAAGGCUGGGUUUGCUCCGGCUGAGAAGAUAGUGAACAGCAACGGGGAGCUCUACCAUGAGCAGUGCUUCGUCUGCGCCCAGUGUUUCCAGCAGUUUCCUGAAGGCCUCUUCUAUGAGUUUGAAGGCAGGAAGUACUGUGAGCAUGAUUUCCAGAUGCUGUUUGCUCCUUGUUGUCACCAGUGCGGAGAGUUUAUCAUUGGCCGGGUGAUCAAGGCCAUGAACAACAGCUGGCACCCGGACUGCUUCUGCUGUGACAUCUGCCAGGCCGUGCUGGCUGAUGUGGGAUUCGUUAAGAACGCUGGCCGUCACCUUUGCCGACCGUGUCAUAACCGUGAGAAGGCGCGUGGCCUGGGAAAAUACAUCUGCCAGAAGUGUCAUGCCAUCAUCGAAGACAACCCGCUCAUCUUCAAGAAUGACCCCUACCACCCUGACCACUUCAACUGCAACAACUGCGGUAAGGAGCUGACUUCUGAUGCCCGUGAGCUGAAGGGUGAACUGUACUGCCUGCCCUGUCACGAUAAAAUGGGCGUGCCCAUCUGUGGAGCAUGCAGGAGGCCAAUCGAAGGCCGUGUCGUCAACGCCAUGGGGAAGCAGUGGCACGUGGAGCAUUUUGUGUGUGCUAAGUGUGAGAAGCCAUUCCUCGGUCAUCGCCAUUAUGAGAGGAAAGGACUGGCCUACUGCGAGACUCACUACAACCAGCUCUUUGGUGAUGUGUGCUACCACUGCAACCGUGUGAUUGAGGGUGACGUGGUCUCUGCUCUGAACAAGGCUUGGUGUGUCAACUGCUUCUCGUGUUCCACUUGCAACACCAAGCUUACCCUCAAGAACAAGUUUGUGGAGUUUGACAUGAAGCCAGUGUGCAAGAAGUGCUAUGAGAAGUUCCCGCUGGAGCUGAAGAAGAGACUGAAGAAGCUGGCUGAGACGGUGGGGCGCAAGUAGACAGCCUUCCCACCAGGUGGCGCCAGAGCCUCACAAUGCACUGGCCUCACCACCACCAUGGUGCUCAACCUGUGAUGGAGAGACUAAGGGGAAAUCCAUUCAAUUAGCCUGAAGUUAUUCUGCAUCAGUUUACGUUGGGGGUCAAAGUAAUGUUGUUUGAAGGAAGACCUUCAUUUUUUGACAUUCAAUAGAAUUCCUCUCUGAAGGUUUAUUCAACUCAACUGUAUUGUACAGGAGAAAUAAGUUGAUAGAUAUCCACACAUACUUCGUCCAUUUUCUGCCAUCCGUUUUAUAUGUGACAUUAUUUUUAUUAUCAGCAGGCAAUUUUCAUGUGUUACAAUACGUGAAGUUUGGUAUAAGCAAAGUUUGUUAUUGUUGAAUUCAAUAACCGAAAGAGAAUAAGAGGAUCCUUGUGUGUUAAGGAAAUGUCCUCCUGCUACAUCUAUUGUGUCAGUCGGCUAGGUUUAGUUUUCUAUACACUUGUGGGCAUAACAUUAUAGUUUUAAACUUAAUUUUUUUCUUAUUUGACUGUAGAAACGGGCAAUGUUCCUUUAAAACGUAUCAAUUUUAACGUGGAGACUGAUGGCAGAAAUGUUCCCUUAGUCUGUCCUUCACUGAUCAACCCUCAAUUAUUGCUAAAAGUCAUUAUCUGUCACUACUGUGUGCUGUGCAGUGUGUUUUUCAAUGUCACAUUUCAAAACAGCUGAGAAGCUGAACCACUCUUAUAACACAGCAAAGCAUGUAUCUGUAUAGCUUUUUAGAUAUACUGUAUUUAGAAUUUCUGUUAAUUAUGUCUUAAACAAACACAUGCUACGGUCCUUCCAUUUCAGAAAUGUGCACCAUAUUACUUUAUGUAUGUGACAGAUAGCUUGAAAAUAUCUUAAUUCAGCAUUGAACCUAUUAUGAUGUUUUUUUUUUCCUUCAGCACACCAAAGCAAUGUAUGAUAUUGUCUUAUACUCAACUCAGCACUGAACUGUGUGUGGUCUGGCUUAUAUUGCCAAACGUGUUGUGUCCAUAUAUAAUAAUGUCAUCUUACAGAUACUAUAUACAUGCAAGCAACUGAUGUAUCUAGAUGUUGAUAUCAAAGAGUUCACACUAGCCAAAACAGAACCAUAGCCACAGCACCUUGCAUACAUAGUGUCAAGCUAUGCAUAUAAAAUGUCUCUUUCUUUCCUCCCACACUGCACUUGUAAGCCUGCCCCCCCCCCCACCCCCCCACCCCUUCAGAUGUAGAGUCCUUGCAGUCAUUGGCAUGGGAAGGCUGUCACAGUGCUUGUUCAUUGGUUAAACUAACGGGACACACAAAGUAAAUCCUUGGAACACACAGCGUGGGCUCAAUCUGGAGAUCCGGGGGAGAGAAACAUGCUUUUUUUUAUGUGCCUUACUAUUUUACGUGCCUUAUUAUUUCCAUUAAUCAGCUGCUGUAGUUCUCUAAUGGUAUGUAAUUAUGAUUAUGUCUUUGCGAGUCCCCUCCUCUCCUCAGCCGUUCAUUAGUGGCGAGUUCUUUGCUCUCCUACACAGACACACUUCAGAAACACACUAUGGGCCUCCCUUCAAUCAAUACACAAGUCUGCCUCUCCUUUUUUUGGACAAUUGUCCCCAUAACACUUGCUUGAUCUACAGAGCUCUUUGUGACUAUGGACUUCUAUGACUGCAAAACCUUAAAGUAGUUAAUAACAGUUACAACUUUGGAAAUGCUACUUGUGUUGAGUGGUGUUAUCAGAUAGUAAUAUUCUUAUUACAUGCUUGAUUGUGUCUUAAAAGAAAUCUUUAGAUUUAGACACUGUGGGCCUGACUGACGGGCUGGGACUGAUGUGUCAUCCCAGACUACAAUGUACUUGUAUUCGGUUUCGUUGCUGUUCACAAAAAGUUGACUAUUCAGAAUGCCUUUUUAUAUAAGUCUAUACUUUGACUGCAUGAAGCCUUUAGCUUUUUUUUUUUUUUAUAAAUAUGCAUUUUUUUAUGUUUCUGUACUCAUUUCUUAGUGAUAAUCAUGUUUAAUGUCAAUGUAUGCCAGUGCCCUCAAGGGCUCUGCCCUGCAAGUGCUUACUGCAUGACUUAUGGAGUGCUAGAACCCCAGGAGUUAGAAAGUCCAUUAUUCAGCUUAAGAAAGAUUAUACAAGACCGCUAAAGUGAUGUUUUAAUAAAUCCCUCUUUUCAAACAUCACUCUGCCCUGCUGGAUUUUGAUUGUAUUUUAAUUUUGUUUACUGCUACCAUACCCUCACCAUAAGCUUCAAAACUUAAUAAAAGAUUUGGAACAACA